AUGCGUGCCGGUAUUACUGGCUCUUUGGGAUUAUGCACAAUACCCAUAAAGUUGAGUCCAGAGCAGGCAAAGCCACAGCUCGUCCAUGUUACCUCCGUGCCUGUUUUUCCCCACUGCCGGGUUACCACCCGGACCCAGUGUUUAUUUCCCGGCCCUGGAACCGGGAUGCACAUUAACAUUUACCACGUAAACCUUCUCGUGAUAUGA